GCAUGAUUAAUUAGGUUAACAGAAGAUUCCACGUAUAUAUAAUGUGUGCAUCUCUAAAUGAAAAUUUAAUUUUUUUUGUUAUUCGACAUGCAAUAUUUAACAAUGAAAUUUAGUGGCAUUUUUUGUGUGAUUAUCAAUUUGUGGAUCGUGUCAAUUGUUGAUGGUCAAGCUACUACUCAAAAGGGUUUUGCUUCUGUUACUGGAAGCAGUUUUCCAGCAGAUUUUCUAUUUGGAAGUGCAUCGUCUUCUCACCAGUAUGAAGGGGGUGCACUUGUGGAUGGCAGAGGACCAAGCAUGUGGGACACCUACGUUCAAAAACAUCCAGAAAGAGUAGCGGAUCGUAGUAAUGCAGACAUUGCCGUAGAUUCAUAUCAUAGAUACAAGGAGGAUGUAGCGAUUAUAAAAGAUAUCGGUUUCAACGCACACAGAUUCUCUAUAUCGUGGUCUCGAAUUUUGCCUCAUGGUAAACUUAGCGGAGGAGUAAAUCAAGCAGGCAUAGAUUAUUACAACAAUCUCAUUAAUGAACUCUUGGCAAAGGGAAUCCAACCGUUCGCAACUCUGUUUCAUUGGGAUAUUCCACAAGCACUUGAAGAUGAAUACAUGGGUUUCUUAAAUAUAAAAAUAGUCGACGAUUUCAGAGACUAUGCAGAUUUGUGCUUUAGCAAAUUUGGAGAUAGGGUGAAGCACUGGAUCACAUUGAAUGAACCUCAGAAUUACGCUGUAAAUGGUUAUUCAUCAACCCUAUUUGCACCAGCCAGAUGUUCAGACCAUAAAGCAUGCGGGGCUGGUGAUUCCUCUACCGAACCAUACAUUGUAACACACAAUCAAAUUCUUGCUCAUGCUGCUGCUGUUAGAAUCUAUAGAGAUAAGUACCAGAAAACUCAAAAAGGUCAAAUUGGAAUUACACUGAAUUUUGCAUGGAUUUUACCUUACACCGAGUCGAGCAAACAAGAUCAAGAUGCAGCAUUUCGAGCCAUUGUUUUCCAAUAUGAUUGGUACAUGGAACCACUGAAAUCCGGUACUUAUCCGGCAGCAAUGGUUACGAGAGUCGGAAAUCGUUUACCUCGAUUUUCUACACAGCAAUCAUGGAUUGUGAAAGGAUCAUAUGAUUUCAUUGGCCUUAAUUACUAUACUGCACAGUAUGCAAGUGAUGUUCCUUGCCCUACCGUCAACCACGCCUACAUUACCGACUCAUGUGCCAGUCUUACAAGCGUACGAAAUGGGGUUCCUAUUGGUUAUCAGGCUUCGAUUUGGCUAUAUGUUUAUGCGCCGGGGAUUGAACAAAUUCUUCUCUACACCAAAACAAAUUUUAAUGAUCCGAUCAUCUACAUUACAGAGAACGGAAUCAAUGACCCUAUUGGUACGGUGACAUUAAACGAUAACAUAAGAAUAGACUUUAUCAACAAUCAUUUGGUUUACAUACAAAAAGCAAUAGCAAGUGGAGUGAAAGUGAAAGGAUACUUCGCAUGGUCAUUGUUAGACAAUUGGGAAUGGAGUUUCGGUUUUUCAGCUCGUUUUGGAGUCGUCUCUGUGGACCAUAAUAAUGGAUUGAAAAGGACUUACAAAAACUCGGCCUGGCGAUUCAAAGAAUUUCUUCAAACCAGGACACACCCUAUACCAGCUACAGCUACUGAUCAUGACGUCAAAAUUGAUCUUUGAUCUUUUUUUCCCUUGUCCAUUAACUUCCAAUAAUUGUAAAGAUUUUUCAUUUGGUUGUAUACCGGUUUUUUGGGAGAGUUUUUUUUCAAAAGAAGAAUUGUACUUUAAUAACGUUUACAAGUAUGUUAUCCGAAAAGGGAACAAUCUUGUCAAAUA